AUGGAAGUGGAACCUACUUUGGAUGAGGACAUCCGAAAGGGACAUGCAGAAGAUGAAAAUAUCAAAGAGAUUAAAGAGAAUAUUAAAGCAGGCAAAGCCCCAAAGUUCUUAGAAGAUGAGAAAGGCAUGGUAUGGUUUGGCAAGCGCAUCCGUGUACUAGACCAGAAAGAGCUUAAGGAGAUAAUCUUAAGAGAAGCCCAUGAGUCAGCUUAUUCUAUUGACCCAAGCAGUACAAAGAUGUAUCAGGAUUUGAAGGACCUCUAUUGGUGGCCUGGGCGGGUGGCGCUGCAAGUGACGCUGCCCGAGUUCGACGCCCAGGGUCUGGUCGACUGGCCGGUGCACCGGAACACCGGGACCAUCCAGAUCCCCGGGGUGGACGAGGAGACCGGCGAUGCGCCGAGGACCAGCGGCCGGGACGCCAUAGGUGGUAGGCCACAGUCGAGCGGCAGGGAGGCCGCGGGCGGCCGAACGCAGACCGGCGGCAGGGGCGCCGCAGGUGGCAGGCCGCAGACCGGCCGUGGGGCUACCCCAAGCAGCAGCCAUUAG